AAUAAAAAAUGAACAAAGUCCUUCAAAAUGAAGAAAACUUUCAUUUUAAGGUGACGAAGAACAAGAGCAUUACUGUUGCAAAAUUGAUUAGCCUAAUAAAAGGUAAUAGGCUGAAUAAUCAACAAAAGUUGAAGUGUUCUUUGGUUUGGUUUGAUUUGGUUUGUGCAUCCAAUGUUGCUGGCAAAGGACCCGUCAAAGAAGGUGGACUCGGACCAUAUCAAGAUGGCGGAUGAUUUAGAAUUCUUUGAAGGUAUCCAUGGGGAAAAGAGUCCUUUGAGCUGACCUUGAGCAAUCUGAAAAAGAAGAGUGACCUGACCAAGCAGAAAGAAGCUUUUGUCAAGAGGAACAAUGCAUCGUACACGUUAUUUAGCUUUUCCUGGAUGUUUUUGGUUUGGAUAUAUGAGGCACUUCCUCAUCUGGGAAGGUACGCCGACAAGUCGUUGGAUUCUACCCUGCCCAUUCUCCAACUUCUUCGAUGGCACACGUCGAAGUGCGACAACAUAAUGGAAGGUGACCCGUUUAAGUACAAAGGAAACAACACAAAGAUUGUGCACCCGUACCUUACUUCUACUGUCCAUGAGAUGGAGCAAAGAUACAUGAAAACUUUUAAGCCAUACACGGACAAAGUUAAGGAUACGUCCAUCGAUGCGUUGAAGGUGCAGCUAAAAGGCGUGACUGUCCUGACUUCAUCAGCGGAGGUCACGAAUAAAGACGAAGAUUUGGGUGGCCACCAUUAUGUUUCAAGUCUAGCACGCGCUUGUGAUCAUGCUAGUUCAAGUGGACUCAAAACUUCAGCAGACGCUUCUAAUGACGAUGAUCAGUGCAAGUGCGUUGCUUUUCUCGAGAAAAGUCUACUGAAUAUUGCUUCUUUUGUUAGAGGUGAGAGGCUAAAGAGAAUCGAGAAGAAUAUGAAGAAACAAUAAAAAUGCACGUCGACAACCCCCCUCUUAGCCGGCAUCAAGUAAACCUCAAAGAACUUGCAGUCACAGUGACGGACAUGGCUGCAGCAGAUGAAAAAGGUGGAGAAGAGAAGAAAGAAGAAGAAACGGAUGAGGAGAAUGCAGUAGAUUAAGAAGAAGAAAAAGAAAAAGAUGAGGAGAUGACAGCUGAAGCAGAAAAAGAAAAUGAGGA